AAGUUUUGGUUGAUUAGCUGACCUGCGAGUCAACCCAGGAAGUUAAAUUUUAAAUAGGGUCGCGAGUCUUAUAAUUAUAAUAUUUUAGUUAGUUUUUAAACUUUGAAAAUAAAUUAUUCCUCCAUUAAAAUUGCCACAUUCCAUCUCAAAAAAUAUAUAAAAACAAAUUAAAAAGAAGAGAAUACAAUUUAAAUUUUCAAAGUCAAUGGAAUGGAUCUCAGGGAAGUCCUCCAACUUCUUCCAUGACGUCGCUUGCAAAAUCCAACGUGCGUCUACCAAUUACAUGAACCAAGCACAAACGCCAUGCAUUUUCAUCGACCUCCACCAUUCUCUCUCGCCUGGUAGUGGCGUCCUGCUGUGAUCAUCUUGCCUUGGUCUUCUUCGACCUGCCUUGCUCACCUCAUUAACCCUAGCUUUAAAGAAUUACUGCAGGAAGUACAAGGUUGGUAAGCACAUAUUUAUAUUGACAAGGACUUUGCAGUUAAAUUUCAUAAAGAGGAUUUGAUGUGUCCAUUGAUUCCACCAUACGUGUCAACUCAUAUGCUUCUAUUAUCUUGCUCAAUUUUUCCCUUUUAAUUUCUUUUUUUUUUGGUCAACUUUUUGCCAACUCUUGCCACUUGCGCAUCUACUAGCUAUCUGCUUUUAUCUUAGUCUCCAAACAUUUGUCAGUCAUAUCCCCGGCCCAUGUAGCACAUUCCUCUAGCAGUAGCGAAGGGAAUUUUAACUUUGUCCAAGUGCACAGGGGAAAGAAGGACUCAAUCCUGCUAACUAGAAGAUAGCAAUGGACAAUAUGGGUUCAUCACUAGAGAGUGAUCCUCCAAGAAGGCCCAUGAGAAGGAGGUCUCAUACUAGAAAGACUAACACCCAAGAUCGUGUCAUCAACAUGGGUGAAGCAAGAAGAGAGAUUGCUCAUGCUUUGCACCUUCAUAGAUCAUCGUCAGCCUCAUCCCCGUCCGCAUCCUCAUCCGGCGCUUCAAGAAGGGAUCCUACCAUUUUGUUAGGUAAUAAUUACAGUAACUAUGGCAUCAAUAAUAAGUCUUGUUUUGCUAGAAAUUCUCAGUACCUUUGCUAUUCAUUGACGGAUACUUUGCCAACCCCUGAGCCUGUCUGGUCUACUACUACUACAACAACAGCUCUGACAACACCACCCUCAAUGGAAAGUACAGAAUUUGAGUGGGGAGAAAAUCAAGCUGCUUCGUAUAGUUGGUGGCUAGGGUUCUUAAAGACCUUGGAUGGUAAUAGUAAUACCCCAUGUCUUAAAGAUGAAGCAGAAAUGAUCAGUAAUCCUAGAGUGUUUGAAGAAUCAAGUCAUGACCAGCUUACCUCAAUAUCUACAGAUGAAUGGUUGACGUUUCCAAACAAUGAAGAUCAAGAUGAGAGGCAAGUCCCUUAAGUUUGUUUUUUGGGAGAGAUGACCUUUGGCUAGCUAGUUUAAGCUGAUUAUGUUACAACUAUUUAUGCAUGCUCUAAUCUGCGAGUUCUGGAAUAAGGAUGUUUAUAACCAGAUUCGUUUCUUGGGCCGUUAAACCUUGAAAGAAGUCAUUCAGUGUAAAAAUUUCUCAAUCAAAGCAUGCCCGGAGCUAUAAUCUUGAUGCCUGAGUGGGUCUCUUUAUGGAAU